GCGCGCUGCUGGUAAACAUUCUUGACCGCGUGUGAGAAGACGAAGCAGAGGCCGAGAGGAGUUCCGCCGUACUGAGACCCCCGGGGCUUUCUUGCACGGGUAGGAGCGCACAGGCACGUACAGGGGCUGCAUCUAGAAACUGACCGCGUGUCCCCAGCACUGUGUAGGGGCGGGGCAAUGCAGCUGGGAGAGGGAAGAGACAAGCAGUCAUGGCAGGGGAUGCUCUAAUGCUGGUGAGAGGCCUGGCCAAGCUCAGCAAGGCUGUACUAGAGGUGCAGGCAGGGCAGAUGCACCAGCCAACACUUGGCAUAAAUGGCAUUGGAUUUGCCAGAAGCUGGCAGGUGGCGGUAGAAGAACGUUUCAGUGCUGCUAUGGGAAAGAUGCAGGAGCUGGGCAAGCAGCAAGAGAACCUUGCUGGGCAGGAUAUUGAGACAGAAUACAACUUCUCUGGGCCAGCUUCAGAGAUUGCUGGCAUGGAGUAUUCCCCGUCUUCCAGCCAGACUCAGGAAUUGCACCACAGUGAGGUUGAUGCACAGAGCAAUGAUGCAUCUUACAGGGGUCAGGGGCAAACAGGCAGCUCUUUCCAUCCUGACCUGUCGGUUGAAAGGGACAAUGGGGCCUUAUUUGGAAAUGUCCGUGACAGUGCCGGACCUUUUGCAGCAUACAGCCAAAAAAGAGCUUUUCACCAGGACCAUUCCUCUGUCAGUGGGCUGACUGCUGAGGAUAUUGAAAAAGCCAGAGAAGCCAAGAAUAACCCACAGCAAAAGCCCCACAAGCAAAUGCUCAGUGAUCGAGCUCGGGAAAGGAAAGUACCAGUCACACGGAUUGGAAGAUUGGCCAACUUUGGAGGUUUGGCUGUUGGGUUGGGAUUUGGAGCUUUGGCAGAAGUUGCAAAGAAAAGCUUAAGCCUAAAACAAGACAAUGACCCCGGUAAGAAGUCCGUCAUGGACUCCAGCCCUUUCUUGUCUGAAGCGAAUGCUGAGAGGAUCGUACGGACUCUUUGUAAAGUGCGUGGAGCUGCUCUGAAGCUGGGCCAGAUGCUCAGUAUACAAGACGACACCUUUAUUAACCCCCAGCUGCAGAAGGUCUUUGAGAGGGUGCGGCAGAGCGCUGACUUCAUGCCAAUAAAGCAGAUGAUGAAAACCUUAAACAAUGAUUUGGGCCCCAACUGGAGAGACAAGCUGGAAUUCUUUGAAGAACGCCCUUUUGCAGCUGCCUCUAUUGGGCAAGUUCACCUGGCCCGGCUCAAGGAUGGGAGGGAAGUUGCCAUGAAGAUUCAGUAUCCUGGAGUAGCUCAGAGCAUCCACAGUGAUGUGAACAACCUCAUGACCGUUCUGAAUAUGAGCAAUGCUCUGCCUGAAGGUCUGUUUCCUGAGCAUCUGAUUGAAGUGCUAAGCAGAGAGUUGGCCCUGGAGUGCGACUACAAGAGGGAGGCAGACUGUUGCAAAAAAUUCAAGGAGUUGCUGCAGGACCAUCCUUUCUUUACUGUCCCCGGAGUAAUUGAUGAACUGUGCAGUGGGCACGUCCUUACCACAGAGUUGGUCUCGGGAUUCCCACUCGAUCAAGCUGAAGGUCUGAGCCAGGAGACGCGCAAUGAGAUCUGCCACAACAUUCUUGUACUGUGCCUACGGGAAUUGUUUGAGUUCCGCUUCAUGCAGACUGAUCCAAACUGGUCCAAUUUCUUCUAUGACCCUCAGCAGCAGAAGGUUGCCUUGCUGGACUUCGGAGCUACCAGGGGUUUUGAUGAGGAGUUCACGGACCAAUAUAUUGAGAUAAUUCGAGCAGCUGCAGAGAAAGACAGAGAAAAACUGCUGCAAAAAUCUGUAGAGAUGAAAUUCCUUUCUGGCUAUGAAUCAAAGGCGAUGGAGCUGGCGCACUUGGAGACAGUGCUGAUUCUCGGAGAGGCGUUUGCGUCAGAUUCACCCUUUGACUUCGGUUCCCAGAGCACUACCGAGAGGAUCCACCGCCUCGUCCCUGUCAUGUUAAAGCACCGACUGAUCCCACCCCCAGAGGAAACGUACUCUCUGCACCGCAAGAUGGCGGGCUCCUUCCUGAUUUGCUCAAAACUAAAGGCUGAGAUCAGUUGCAAGGAUAUGUUUGAGGAAGCCUAUGGCAAUUACUGGAAGAAAAAAGCAAAUAGCAAUCCAUAGGGGGCGCAGUCGCUGGGUAUAGCAAAUGCUAAAGUGCGAUUACUAUAGGAAGAGACACUGAGUAUUAGCAGCCUGUUAGGAGUGUCUCCCUCUGCUGGAGAGUUUUCUCUUGUCUUCUCUUAACUACGAGGACUUCUACUGUGGUCUCUGAGACUUUGGACGUUACAAUUGUAGGUGAAUAAGGAACUUUUGGAGAUGUUUGUUUUGGGUUUUUUUUUGUUUUUUUUUUGUAAAGACUGAUGUAAAAAAAAAAUGAGGAGUUCUUAGGAUUUUUUGAAAAAGCAUAUCAAUCAUGAGAAGCUUAAUUGGAGGUGCUGAUGUUGGUUAACCAAGGGACCUGUUGGAUGGAUAAUCUGUAACCUGCAUUGACAACUUAAUCUGCUUUUCCCCCUUCCCUACUGAAGUUUGUUGCAAAUAAGUCAAAUUAAACGCUUUUGUACCGAGA